AUGGCUUCUAUCACCAUUGUGAGGACGGAACUACAACACAACAUCACACAGCAACAAUGCAACACAAAUCUCGCCACGUCAUCGCAACCAAUCCGGGGAAAUACUGCAGAAAAAACACACGUUGCUUUCCUAAAAGUUCAUAAAAGCGCAAGUUCUACACUAUUCAACAUAUUUUACAGGUUUGGGCAACAAAGACAUUUAACAUUCGUCAUUCCUCGAGAAGGACAUAUCAUCGGGCGAUAUACGGCCAUGCGGAAAAGAAAACUAUUUCCACCUCCAGGGAAUAAGACAUUUGAUAUUGCUUGCCUUCAUUCUGUUUUCGAGAAGGAAGUUUACGAAGCCUAUCUUCCAAAAGACACAGUAUACAUCGCUAUAAUACGUGAACCAUUAAAACGUCUUGUGUCUGCAUUCUGGUACUACCUCACUCUGUAUAAAACUCCUUAUCUAAAGCAGAUACCAGGACCCGAUCCGUUGAGCACAUUCCUACUGGAGCCAUCUAAAUACGAAAACCAGGAUGUCUAUUACUCUCACACCAACAACACAAUGGCUCUUGACUUUGGUUUUCCUCCCGAACAUUUCGGCAACAUAUUUUACUUCAAGCAGUAUCUCUCGUUGCUUGAAUCUAGAUUCGACCUCAUCCUGGAUGCGGAUCUUUUCCCGGAGUCCAUUAUUCUUAUGAAGCGGAAACUGAACUGGAGCCUCAAGGACGUUCUGUAUAUAUCACAAAACAAACUAAAUAAGAAGCCUGUUCAUUUGACACACUUGCUAAAAACAAAAGCAAAAGAGUUCUUACAUUUGGAUUAUAUGCUUUAUGACUAUUUUUCAAGACGGCUUCGGGAGGAGAUUAAAAACCAAGACACGACUUUUAAUGACGAAGUGGAGAACCUUCGCCACGUUCAGCGAUAUGUGACAAGGUUCUGUGCCGCUAGUGGGUCACGUGAGAUGGGUAAAAUCCUCGUUGUGGCUGCUACAAGGUGGAAUCGCGAAUUUAGGGUACACUUCUGUGACUGCAGUUAUAUGAUGCAGAAGGAGAUUCCAGCUGUCCAGAUGAUGAAGGAGAGCAUCAAAGCUCGACUCGAGAAGCAGAGACCAAAUACUUUCUACUACCUUAAACUGCCCAUGUAA